AAAGACUUUAAUGAGCAGAAUUUUUUAUUUUUGAUUUAGCAUGUUCAAUGUUGACACUGCACGGACAUUUCGUGCAAGUAACGAGUGAAUUACUAUUACUUUUGUCUCUGUAAGCACCACUGUUUUUAAGUUUUGGUCUUUUGGAAUAAAAGUAAGCAGUUGUAGCUUACUUGGGAAGGAGUUAGAGUCACAAGUGAACAUAGCGACUUUCAAUCCCGAAUCUUACGAGGGAGGCAUACCAGGCGGGAGGCUCUCUGCAGUGUUGUACAAGCAAGGUACGAGUCAAUUAGCCACUGUAAGUGGCAGGAAGUUCCUUUCCGUGAAGAUGGAUCCCAAUCCUGCUGCACCCGAUGAUCCUCGGAACCGACCUUCUUCCGCUUCGAACCAAAAUCUCAGUGAUUCCGCAGAUGCGGACGGUCUGCGCCGUAGACAGGGUGAUAGCGUCCAUUCCAGCGAAACCCAGCAGCAGCGUACCGACCUAGGCAACGCGGACCCCUCCGCGCCCAGCAUGGCUCCUUAUCAGGAUUAUUACAUGCGUCUCCACCAGUGGAUCUGGACGUACCAAUGGUAUAGAUUCUGCUGGGAGCAGCAGCAGCGUGAAUGGCGGGAUCGGUAUUUUUGGCAGCAGUGGUCGCAUCAUACACAUGCGCUGCCGUCCACGUCAGCAUCGGCCGCGGGCCCAUCCUGGCCAGGUGCUGCCCCACAGGCUGCUCCGCGACCUCCUCUUCCUGGACCGGCCAUUCAGGUGCAGCGCCCCCAAGGCAAUCCCCUACAGAUUCCACUGGCAGCGGCGGGGCAUCCCCAGAUUUUUGUAGGCGCCGUCGGACCAGAUAAUCAGCUAGAUCCAUCUUGGAAAGGGUUCAAAAUGGCACCUAUAUGGAAGCGCGUGGUGGCGGAGUGUAUCGAUAUCUUUCUGCUGGUGCUGCUAAAGCUGAUAUUGACCUACACGAUCUUUGACGAUCUAUUCUUCAUUGAUUUCAAGAAGUACGGCGACCUUCUGGAUCCGGACGUGGACGUUACUGCUGAUAUGGCCCUCGAUUUGGCUUCGGAAUUGAUGUUGAUGGAAUUCUGCCAUCGUUUGAUAUCGUGUUUGUAUGAGAUGAUAAUGACUGUGCACGGUUUUCCCCACGGCGGCGCCACUUAUGGAAAGCGUUUUAUGGGUCUGCGCGUUGUGACUUGUCAGGAAUUUAUUUUACUGGACGGAAUGGUUCUGGUCAAGCCAGCGGAUACUCCGAACUGGAAGCAAGCUGCAGUUCGGGCAUUCUUGAAGAAUUAUUCCUGGGCCGUGGUCGUGCCAUUGCCGCUAACGGCGCUUUUAAACCGUGAACGCCGUACAAUGUAUGAUACAGCCUGUAAAUGCAUGGUAGUGGAAGCCGGAGAUCCUAUGGUCGCUUUUCUGCGAUAAUGCUUGUUUCUUUGUUUCACAUUUCAUCGCUUUCCGAAAAUGCUUUUUUUUAAUACCGAUAGUGUUUUAUUCUUUUUAUCAUUGAAUCAUUCGAGAUUCCGACAGCAUUACGAACUGCCGGAAGAAUUCUGCCGUGUAAAUUAAUUACAGUACAACUACUCUGUUG